AUGGUCAACACGAACCCCUUUCCGCCGACGCACGGCUUCAUCGGGCCAAGAGAUGCGGUCUGGCUACAACAGUGGACAUCAGAACUCGCGGUUCUGUUCGUCUUCGUCGGAAUUCACUCGACCUUCUACAUAAUAUCAACGCAUCUUCUCAUCCGGAGCCGCUUGCACUAUCCAAGUAUUGAUAACCGGCUUGGGCGUCACAUCAAUACAUCGGACGGCGCAAAGCCUAGCAAGGAUACAUCCGAUACUUCUAGGCCUGAGGAUCACGACCAAUGUGCUGCUCAGAACGAACUUCCUCAUCAGCGACACGGUCGUAGUAUGGCGCACUUAUGUCUUAUUUCGGGAGAACAGAGUAGUCCGUCUGUGUCUCGUGGGCUGCCUGUGUGGGACUUACUCACAUCUAAACCAACCAUGCUGCUAGUCUCCGUAACGGCCAACACUGUCCUCACCGUCGUCAGUAUCUUGAACCAAACCACGAAGGAAAACCUACCCCGCAGCCUACUGCUCACGGUGCCAUUGCUAGUCACGAACCUGACAGCGACUGGAUUGAUGGGGUGGAAAGCUUGGACGCACCGCGAGUACGUAUGCGAUAGCUUCCUCCGCCGCAAGCACAAGAGCCGCGCCGAGCUAGCGCUGCUCCUGCUCGUCGAAUCAGGCUUGGCUUAUUGUGCUGUCUGGGUGGUCGUCUUAGUUUCCGGCCUCGGCGCUCUCCCCGGGGACCAGCGUUCAACCCUCCUCGGCGCCCUCUGCAGCAUCUGUGGCGCGUACCCGACCUUCAUCGUCAUCAUGGUCGGCCUUCAGCGCUCCUCCGUCGACAGCGUCCUCGCCGGCGACAGCGCACUCGUCCCCCUCACCCCCGGCCGGUGGAGCGGCACCUCGAAGGGCAUGAGCGCGGGAAUCAAGGCCAAGUUUUCGUCGAGGGAGAAGGUGAAUGUGUAUGGGGUCGAUCGCGACGCCGAAGGCCACAAUGCCAACGAACAAUACACUGCAUUCAUGAUGCCGAUGUCGCCGACGAGGCAGUCGUGGCCGUUCGCAGUGCCGCCGACGGGGCCGUCACCGUCCAGGAGGCAGAUGCCGAAGAGGGCGUCGUCGCCCCCUGGCGCGGCGGAGUUUGGCAGGUUAAUCAGGGUGCCGGAGAGAUCAUCGUCGCUGGUUUCGUCGGGCGCUUCGAUGGUAUCCCCAGGCCCAGACUCUUCGAUGAUCGCCCCUUCGCCCGCCUCACCCAUGCCUUAUGCGGCGAUGUCUCCAAGCUCGACGUUCUCUGCUCUCGAUGCGAUGAGCGAGGUGCCGCUCAUGUCGUCGAGCCAUGGUGGGCACUCGAGGCAGUCGAGCUAUGGGGGACAUUCACGAUCAUCGAGCGAUGCGCCUCUACUGGGGUCGGGCAAUGGCUUGCACUCGAUGUCCUCGAGCGACGCGCCGCUGUUGGGCUCUUAUAACGACAACCGAAUAUCCAUGGAGGACACGAGCUUCAUCGACAUGGCGAGCUCUGAGGGCGGGCACACGUCGUCCAACAUGGUCGAGCUCCCGACGCCCGCGCCCACCUCCGCAAGACCGGACUUCCCCGAGGCGAGCGCGCGCAAGAGGGACACCUACCGGCUUUCGUACCCAACAAUGGCGUGGACGGAUAAUCACCGGGCGUCGCUAAAGGAUACGCGGAAGGGCUUUGUGCGGCUGAGCACGGUGGACGAAGCUUGA